AUGGAAAAGCAAUGUUUGGCUUUGAUCUUUGUUGUGCAUAAUCUUAGACACUAUAUGUUCUCACAGAAUAUCAGUUUGAUUUCUCGAGUCAACCCUUUGCAGUACCUGAUGACCCGUCUAACUUUGUCAGGUCGUCUAGCAUGUUGGUCCAUGAUUUUGCUGCAGUUUGACAUUACCUUUGUCCCUCAGUGGGCCGUCAAAGGACAGGCUCUAGCUGAUUUUCUUGCUUCUCAUCCGAUCCCUGCAGAUUCCCCAAUUAAUGACAAUUUGCCUGAUGAAUUAGUCAUGAAUGUGGAAGAGCAGGAGUCCCCUACUUGGAAAUUUUACUUUGAUGGAGCUUCUUCCAUCAAAUCACUACAUCCUUACGAAACUCCUGUUGUUAGGGUAGGUUUGGGGCUUGUUUUUGUGUCUCCUGAAGGCCACACCCUUCGUUACUCCUACAGUCUUUCUGAGCCUCGUACUAAUAAUGAAGCUAAAGUCCCUCAAUCUGAGAAUGGUAGAGCGGAUGCACUAGCUAAACUUACUAAGGAGUUGGCUGACCCUACUGGAAACCCGGUGUCGAUUGUGGUCCAGUAUCGACAAGCCUUAUGCCCCGCGGACUUGUCUUCUUCCGAUCAGACCCUUGCAGUAUUCGCUGUUGAGGAAGAGUUAGAUUGGACAGUCCCCUUUGUUGAGUACUUGAAGCGUGGUAAGCUUCCGGAUGACCGCUCUCUUGCCACUCAGAUUAAAAAAGAGACCUUUGUCAUUUUUAUAUGUGAAUGA